AUGGUCACCGUGAAUUUACAAAUCUGCGGUCCGAUCAGGCUUGCUCAAGGUCAGUUACACGUGGUUGGAUCCCUUCAGCCUGUUGUAGCAGCUCCAGGUGAUGAUGUCAUCCUGCCCUGUCAAGUGGAACCAGCAUUUAACGUGGCGGGGUUGACGGUGGAGUGGUCAAAGCCGGACCUCCGUCCUGACCCCAACGACCGGCUCAGCCGAGUGGAAUAUGUUCAUCUUUACAGAGAUGCCCACGAGGUCCCCGACAUGAAGCUCCCAUCGUACAUCGGGAGGACGGCGUUGUUCACAGACAGCCUGAGAGAUGGAAACAUCUCACUAAGAAUCACUAAUGUGACACUAGAAGAUCAAGGAAGAUACAGAUGUUUCAUCCCGAAGUUAAAGGGUCAAACAAAGUUUUCAAUUGUUCGUCUGAUUGUUGACCCAAGUUUAACUGAAACUGCGACCACAGAGACACAACUGGAUCCUGAAAAUUUCCAUGUUCCUGAUUUAAAUGAAGAGAUAGAUAAUAAAGCUGAAUACGUGUGUGGACUACGAUACGAGUACAUGUAUUAUGAAUGUAAGGCAGCGGUCACCGGUGUUCUGCGAGAUAAUGAGCAGACCUCUAUGCAUGCCAAAUUUAAUGCAGCUCUCAUCAUUGUAACACUGUCACACAGCUAG